GAAGAUGAGGAGGAAGAGGAUGAAGAAGAAGAAAUAGAUGUUGUGACAGUGGAGAAAAGACGCUCCUCCUCCAACAAGGCUGUUACCACCCUUACUAUUACAGUGCGUCCUAAAAAUACCACUUUUCCAUCAGUCAGGACACAGCAGAAUGAACUGAUUUUAAAGCGUUGCGCACCAAUUCACCAGCAGCAUAAUUACGCCGCUCCUUCUCCGUACAUGGAGAGUGAGGAUGCUCCACCGCAGAAAAAGUUAAAAACCGAGGUUCCCCGUCCAGUGAAACCCACAAUCCAACCAAAGUCUAAGAGUUCAAGUCCUCGAAACUCUGAUUCAGAGGACAGUGAGCGUCGACGCAACCAUAAUAUCCUGGAGCGCCAACGGCGUAAUGAUCUACGGUCAAGUUUCCUGACAUUAAGGGACCAUGUUCCAGAACUGGUUAAAAAUGAGAAAGCUGCGAAAGUUGUGAUCUUGAAAAAAGCCACUGAAUAUGUUCAUUCCCUUCAGGCAGAGGAGCAGAAGUUAUUGCUAGAAAAGGAAAAAUUGCAAGCCAGACAACAACAAUUGCUAAAGAAAAUAGAAUACAAGCGGACUUGCUAAACUUUUGUUUUGUUUUGUUUUGUUUUUGGCUGACCAGGACAGUCAUUGCCACUUUGCACAUUUUUGAUUCUUUAAAAAAAAUUGUGUUUUUUGACGUUAAGAAUGUUGGUUUUACUUUCAAUCCAGUCCCUGAAGUAAUCGACAAACUAUAUUAUCCGGGUACGGAGCAAAUGGAUGUUCUUGCAAGGAGUUUUUUGCAAGACUACCAAACAACAAUGGACUGCCUUUGUUUUUCUCCUUAAGAACUGUAGAUGGUGGGGAUUUUUUUUUUUUUUUAAAUUGUUGUGAGCAUUUGGAGCUGCUGAUGACAUCUAGUUGCGUUUUAAAACGUUCAUUCCUAAGUUUUAUGGUGCUUAUGUUCUAACAGAUGUUACUUUAGGGGUUGGCAUUUUGUGCCCCGGUGGGAGUUUUCUGUAAAUACCAUCUACACACUUGCCUUUUGUACAUGUCUUGGGUUAUGAGAGGUGGCUUUUGCUACCAGUAUUAGACUGGAAGUUCAUACCUAAGUACUGUAAUACCUCAAUGUUUGAGGAGCAUGUUUUUGUAUACAAAUAUAUUGUUAAUCUCUGUUAUGUACUGUACUAAUUCUUACAUUGCCUGUAUACUUUAGUAUGAUGCUGAUACAUAACUAAAUUUGAUACUUAUAUUUUCGUAUGAAAAUGAGUUGUGAAAGUUUUGAGUAGAUAUUACUUUAUCACUUUUUGAACUAAGAAACUUUUGUAAAGAAAUUUACUAUAUAUGCCUUUUCCUAGCCUGUUUCUUCCAGUUAAUGUAUUUGUUAAUGUUUGGUGCAUAGAACUGGGUAACUGCAAAGUUCUGUGUUUCAUUUCUUCCAACAAUGUACAUUUAGUGCUGCGUCUUAUAGCACUUUGAAAUACCUCAUGUUUAUGAAAAUAAAUAGCAAUUACAUGAUGUG